AUGUCUCUGAGCGCCAGCGCGGAAAACCUCUCGUCCGAGGGACAAAAUAGUGAACGAUGGAAUAUGUGUCUGGAAUUGGCACUGGAAGGUGAACGCCUGUGCAAAUCCGGCGACUGCAAGUCAGGCGUGGCGUUCUUCCAGGCCGCGAUUCAGGCCGGCACGGACGAUUUGCGGAUACUGAGCGCGAUUUACAGUCAACUGGGCAACGCGUACUUCUACCUGGGUGAUUAUGUCAAGGCGAUGCAAUAUCACAAACUAGAUCUGACACUUGCCAGGAACAUGGGCGACAAGUUGGGUGAAGCCAAGUCCAGUGGCAACUUGGGCAAUACGCUGAAAGUUAUGGGCAAAUUCGACGAAGCCAUGAUAUGCUGCAAGAGACAUCUGGAGAUCUCCAGAGAGAUCGGAGACAAGCUCAGCGAAGGAAGAGCUCUUUACAAUUUGGGGAACGUGUAUCAUGCCAAGGGUAAGCAGGCGGGUAGGAUAGGUCAUCAGGAUCCGGGAGAGUUCUCCGAGGAUGUUCGACAGUGCUUGCAACAGGCUGUACAUUAUUAUGAAGAAAAUUUAGAGCUCAUGAGGGAACUGGAAGAUUCCGCAGCACAAGGGAGGGCGUGUGGCAACUUGGGCAAUACGUUCUAUUUGCUGGGCGACUUCCAACAAGCCAUUUAUUACCACAAUGAACGUUUAAAGAUCGCCAGAGAAUUUGGCGACAAGCCGGCUGAGAGAAGGGCCAACAGUAAUCUGGGCAACUCGCACAUAUUUCUGGGCGAGUUUGAGAAAGCUGCGCAGCACUACAAGAGGACUUUAGUGCUUGCACAAGAGCUGGGCGACCGCGAGGUAGAGGCGCAAGCCUGCUAUUCUCUGGGUAAUACGUACACCCUGCUGCGCGACUACUCGGCGGCCAUAGAGUACCAUUUAUGGCAUCUGGGUAUCGCCCAGCAACUGAAGGAUCGUGUCGGCGAGGGACGUGCUUGCUGGUCGCUGGGCAAUGCCUACGCCGCGAUGGACAAUCACGAGAAGGCGCUGCACUAUGCGAAUCUGCAUUUGCACAUCUCGAAAGAGCUGGAGGAUCAAAUGGGGCAGGCCACCGCGCAGAUGAACGUCGACGAUCUGCAGAAGAUGCUUGGCUUGGAGAAGAGCCAGCAACAGGAGAGCAAUAAAGAGAAUCUGAAUACGCAGAAGUCGGCGAACGCAACAUCGAACGUCCCAGCAACCACACCCAACAGGUACAGACUCAGGCGGCAGAGCAUGGACAAUCUGGAUCUCAUAAAGCUCACACCCGACGCAAAGCAGAAGGAUCAGUCAGAUAUCGCGUUGGACAAAGGCAGCAACGUUGCGUCGCAGCCAUCUCAGAAGGAGGAAGAUAAUUUCUUCGAUCUGCUGUCCCGAUUCCAGUCGGGCAGAAUGGACGAUCAACGCUGCGCGCUCAACACGAAGCACAAUUCGAAGUACCGAGCAAUCACGCCGGAAGCAUCCGAAAUGGAGGAUAAGGACGGAGAAGAUCUGCUGGAGUUAAUCGCCGGAAUGCAAAGUAAACGCAUGGAUGAGCAACGGGUGACGUUGCCUUACCUGCCAGGACUGAAUACUAACAAGGAUGCGGAUGAUUCCUUCAUCGAGAUGCUUGUCAGAUGUCAGAGUUCACGUUUAGAGGAUCAGCGGAGUCCACUACCAGCUGCGUCAAGCUUACAGGACGCCGAGGAGGAAAGGGGUCGAAGAGCCAACGGAAACGCUCAGUCAGGUUCCACAGUGCCCGAGGAGGACCUUUUCGCCCUAAUCCAAAGACUUCAAGCCGGGCGGAUGGAGGAUCAGAGAGCUUCCGGACCUGGCAAAGCGUGCUAGACGAAAGCAGAUGGUGACCCGAGUCGCCAUAAUACGUUCCAUUCGCUAAAUUCUUUCGCUUUACGUAUUUGUCAACCACAUUCCUUCGCUGACCAUUCAAUCGUCGCUGCAAUGCCGUUUUCUUGAUUACUUAAUAGGAUAUCGAAGCUCUUGGUACUAUAUCCGAACGGCCUGGCUCCGAUCCAAGAAGGCGACGAUUCGAAACGCCUGAUUGCGAUUGACUAGACAUCGUGCCCGAGUGCGAAAAUACUUUUAAAUCGUAGGAUAGUGAGAAGAAGCUUCUUUCCUCACGGUCUUCUCUUAAGGAUAGAGGAUUUAGGAUGAACCUCUGCACCCGGGUCGUCAUUUCGUUCGGAUGGACUUAACUGUUUAUUCGCGUAGAUUGUCGCGCGUCUCUGCCAACGAUAAGUAACCUCCCGUAAUUAAUCUAUAGUUUAGCGAUUGCUGUAGGAGUCAGUUGUGCAAGAGCAUUAUGAAACAAUAAUGCAAUAAUGAACGAGUUUUCAGUUGACGUCUAGGAGUAAUAACUGCCGUCUAGUGUCUCCGGCUGUCUGAUCGAGUAAAUUGUUGAAAAAAAAAAACUGGCUGGUACGAGCUACGUUCGAUAAGUAAGUUAUCCGUCAACCGCGAAUGUUAAAUAAACGUAAAUGCGUUUGCCGAGCGACCACCUCGUGAUUUAUGUGACGCGGCGCCGGUAACCGCCAUGCACUGGUUAGUAUUAUCAAGAACUUCACACGACACCUGUUUUUUACACGGGGCUGGAAACGCGCGUGGAAAAGCAGGUCUUCCGAGCACUGCCAGCUUUUGAGGGUGUGAACCGUCCUCGGGAACGGUUUACUUCGCGACGAGGACACGCGGAGACGCGCCCCCGCAAUGUUCACACCCUCAGGAUCGUAGUUUCAUUAUUUUUUAUACACAUAUAUUUUCUCGCGCGUACUUUUCAAUUUACUUCGAUCUACUAAGGAGAAGCGCAGGAUUAUUUUUUUAAGGGAUAUAUAUUACGCGCGCGUAGACGUUAUGUACAGUGAGUGAGAAGAGUAUUCGUGCACCGCCGAGUCUCGCUGUCGAGCGCAACUCUCCUAGUUGCUAAACAAUCGUGGAUAAUCGUGACGCUAAUAAAUAACUCGCGUGGGAGUAAAAAAGUAAAGUGAGCAUGUUAAUUAUUCACUAUGCAACAGAACUGACAAAUUGCAUAAUUUCUCGAUAGCACUCUACGUCUUUUCCGAUACAUAAUGUGCGCUUUAGAAAGUUUUCUGCUGUCGUCUUUGAAGUUGUAAUCAAAGCUACAAUCAUGAGCAAUUCCUUUAGGCAUAUUGUUGUUGUUAUUAUUAUUAUAUUUGCAUAAGUAUUGAAACAACUGCUAAAUCUUGCCGGGUGGCAUAGGGGAAGAGGGGUGGCGUGCGUUGACUGCAACGCAUUGCAAACGAAUAACACUUUACUUUUCGAUUCCUCUUCGCGUAUAUAUGUACACAUAUAGCUAAUGUUGGAUGAAAUAUUUUUUAAAGAUUUUUAGACAGAGGGGGAGAAGAGUGACAAAUCUCUGUAGUUAAAAAAGGAUGAUGGUGUAUGAAUAUUAUUUUUACUUAUUGUAUGUUUAAUAGAACGGAGCCUCAUGACGAAUAUCAGUGCCAAAGAUUCUCGAUACGCUGAGAAAGGACCUGACAAAAAAGGGGGAGGGAAAGAAAACUUGUUCAAUGAAUCCGUUAUCGUUGCCAGUACGAAUGCCAUCGCUUGUGCGAGAAUUUACUGUCGUGUCUUGUAACAGAAACGUUGACGUGGAGCUGAAUGUUACCUGAAUUCGGUGAAGCAUUGAAUUCGUAAUUCAUGCGUAUUCCGUCUCCACUCGUAGAAUUAUUAAUUCGAAACAGAUUUCCGUGUCCAAUAUCGUUUCGAUUUCGUUUUGGUUUCGACUUUGAACAAUUCGGAUUCGUUAUGACGCAGUACAUCUGUUGCUGUUUCAAGACUUUGUGAAUCUAAAUUAGGCUGAUUAGUCUAAAUGUACAAACGUGGAGGACGUACGUAACUGUGGCGUGUCAUCUGUUCUAAUGAUCAAAUGUGUACAUAAAGUAAAUCAAGUAACUCCGUACCAAUUAAGAUGUCGAUUUAGCGACAAAACUGCAACGACAUUGUUAUCUGCGCUAAAAAAAAAGAAAGAAAAAGUAUCGAUAAUAUAAGUUGAUUCAACAAGAGUGCAAGAGUAGUGAUAUACUAAUUACCAGAUCGAUUGCUGAAUAUGUUUUUGCUAUUAUGAAAUUAUGAUUACGAGAAAUAUUGUACAUAUAUGUGCUUUGAUUUCAUCGCGCGCAAUCAGAGAACAGGGGCUAAGAAUAUUACUGCGACAGCUAAACGAUAAAUAAAUCAUGCCGAUCGUAGAACUUGCGUGAACUUUUGUAGGACUUACCAUUUUUUUUUCUUUUUACUUAUUUUAGAGAUUAUAUUAUAUAUUAUUUUAUAUUAAUUUUUUUUUUCGUAACGGGCACUCUCGUUACGCUAGACAUUAACAUAGGUUUCUCUAUAUUAAUCAAGGCGUAAUUUUUAAUUUGCGAUUAUCCGGAGUAUAAAGUACAUUCCAUCCUGUCUAUAUAAUACUGUAUAAUAUAUAUAGAGGAUCAAUAAAUAUAUACACUUUUUCCA